CUAUAAAAGGGCUGCUUAUGCAUAUGCCUAUAGGCUAUAUAUAUCUUCUCUUAUCUAACUGUCUAGUUUCAUUAGGCCUACUUUUGACCCCAAAUUCUUUGCUUGCACCUAGCAGCCACUCUAGCAGCAGACAAAGUUUUUUAUUUAUUUACUUUUUGGGAUUCGAAAAGUGAGGUUAUUGAGAUUAAGCUUUGCGAGAAUAUUUUUUAAUAAUAAUUAAGUUAUAGUAAAAUAAGUUAAUAGGAGUUGAAAUUCUUGAACACUAACUACGACUACAGUUUAAACUAAAUUAUCUUCAAAAAAUGAAUUCUUCAAAACAUAUUGAUAUUAGUAAAUCAUCUAUUGUUGGGCUGAAAGCUGAACUUCUCAAAAAGCAAGAAGAAGUUAAACGACUAAAAGAAUUACAACAAGGUAAUAUCAAGCCAGAGAUUAUUCAAAAGAAAAAAACUAUUCUGGAAAAGUCAAAUGAAGAUGUUGAUAAAAGAAUUGCUAAGGACAUUGAUGCAGUUGAAGAAGAUUACGAUGCUCUUCAGAGAUCUAGGGAAGUGUUGGAAGCAAAAGCUCGCCUUUACAAUAGACUGAAGGGAAACUCCACAGAUGAACUGACAAAAUCAAAAUAUUUGAUAGAUUUUGAUUUGAAGCGUGAAAUUGACAAUGAGGAAAAGUUUGACGAUGUUCAAAAAGGAGCCAACAAAUCAGAAAACGAAGAGGACUAUUCCGAUUCUAAUUCUGAUCCAGAAAAUGACUGGGUGGACUUUGUGGACACUCUGGGUCGAUCACGCCGCUGUUUGAGGAAGGAUCUUCCACAAAUGAAAGCGAAAGACGCCAAAUUGGCUGCGACCAUUCGUCCCCCCUCACCUCCUCCUGACACUACCCCAGCUCCCACGCCCACGCCGGAGCUACUGUCGUGGGACAUGCAACGUGAGAUGAUGAGACUCAAGUGGGAGGAACAAGAAGCUCAGCUUCUGGGCAAGAAGGAUAUCCACUACCAGGAUGUGCUAUUUGACGAGGCCCGACCACAUGGUGUGGGCUACUUUGAGUUCUCAACGGAUGAAGCGGAGCGUGCUAAGCAGCAGGAGGAGCUGCAGAAGCUGCGUACACAGACACAGCAACAGCAGGAAGCUGCACAAGGGCUGCGGGCACGCAGGGAGCAACAGCUGCAAGCUAGGCUGGCAGCUGCGCGACGCAGACGACGGGAACGACUCGGGCUACCACCAGAGUCUCCACCUCAUGAAAUUGAAACGCCUGCAGUAGCGGAAGAGCCAAAGAAGACUGGUGAAGAGGAAAGUAUUGUUGACUUAGAAGAAUCCGUUAAGAAGAUUGCACCUGUUCGACCUUGGGACAUCGGGAAAAAUGGAGUAGCGCCUGUCAUGUCUCAAGAGGAGUGGAUUGAGAAAAAACGACAAGAGAGGCCUGAUGAGUUCGCACCUCCGACUAGUCUUCUACAAACAGAAAAUAUCGAGGUAAACCCUGAACAAAAGUGGAAAUCCAAUCCGAAUGUUUUUACAUCUAAAAAGGUAAAACAGCAACUAGUGACAAGUGAAAAGUCGAAGAAGCAUAAAAAGUCAAAAAGGAAAAAGGGUAAAAAAGACAAAGUUGAAGAAGUGGAAGAAGACGAGGAAGAAUGUUUUGGUCCAUCUGUGCAGGAUUGGCAAAAUAUUACAAGAAAUGAUACAGUUUUGUCAAAUGAAACGAAUAAUAUCACAGCACCACAGUUUUCAACGGCAUUAAACAGUGAUAUUACUUCAGAACGAAGAAGUGAGACCACCUCAGAAGUCUCGAAUCAAGCAUGGAAACCAACUAUCUCAGAUAUAGAUAGACUUUUGUCCAAAAGUAGAGCUGCUAAUUUUGUCUCAACUUUAGAGGAAGAAGAAAGGGAUUUAAAUUCGUCUCAUGAUGAAACAGGUUUGAUAAAACCGACAAAACAACCAUCUGUAUUGUCAAAAGAUGAAUUUUUAAAUAUAUCUUACACAAAUUCCAAACAAUUAAAAAAAUCUUAUAAUAAUACUUCAAUGUGUUCAAUGAAGGUGAAUCAAGAAAGCUCCUAUACAAGUCAUGCAUCAUUUAACGAGCAUGAAAGUUCAGACACAGUGGUCAAACCUAUUGUCAAUCUACUAGAAGUGGACAGCGAUGAGGAAAUGGAAUCGUCCAAAAAAAGCAAACCAAACACAAGUAAAUGGAAAAGUAACAAACGGAAGUUUGCGGAAAUCGCUCCCCCACCAUCAAUGUCAUAUUACAUUGACGCUGACAAAAAGAACAUACAUAAUUCACUAAUAAAACCCCAACUUGCUGACUCCAUAUCAGCGGGAAUAAGUUAUCUGAAAUCCCAGACUGAGGAAAAGAAUAAGAAAAGACUCAAGGGCAUGCUGGAUAUUAUUUAGAUCAUGUCAGUUUAUGGUUUAAAAUCAUUUAUAUAUUUGAUUGUAUAUAUAAUUGUACAUUUUGUAUAUAUAUUAAAGUUGAGUUAUUUUUUGUUGUAA